AUGAGGGACAAUGGUUCUACCGGCUGUGUAGUGAAAGAAGCCCUGGUUACCCCUGCUCAGUUCACAGGAGAACACGUGAGAGUCGUCAUGAUUAACGGCUCUAUGGCUACUUGCCCGAUAGCUGUAGUCGACGUGGAGACGCCAUUCCUCACUGGCAGAAUCCAGGCCGCUGUGAUGAAACAGCCUAUCUAUGAAUUGAUAAUCGGUAACGUUGAAGGGGUGAGGGACGUUCGGAACACGGACGCCGCGACCCAAACCGAAGAUCAAGUAGGUGCCGCCCUGACGCGAGCCCAGGCACGAGAGACACGGCCCGUGGUCCCUCUCAAGCUCACAUCACCUGACGAGCUGCUCAAUAGCGCUAACGUCACUGCCGCACAAAAGACCGAUCCCUCCCUUGCAAACAUUCGGAAGCAAGCCGCUGAGGGGGUAUCGAGGGUAAAUAAAUACGGAACGACUCGCUUCUGCCAACACAGAGGAAAGUUGUAUAGGGAAGUCAUCUCCGACCUCGGUGAGACUCGGUCGCAAUUCGUGGUGCCUGCACAGUACCGCCACGCGGUGAUGGAGAUGGGGCACAGCGCGGCCUUGGGUGGUCACAUGGGGCGACAGAAAACACAAGACCGCAUUAACAAGGGCCGUGUGAAACCUGCGCCGCUAAGACCCAUGCCCCUUAUAUCCGAACCAUUUGAGAGGGUAGCUGUAGAUAUUGUUGGGCCGAUCACGCCACGCGCGACUGACGGAUCAAAAUAUCUACUCACGUGUGUGGACUUCAGCACCCAUUGGCCUGAAGCAGUACCUCUGAAAAAUAUAGAGGCCACCACAGUGGCUGAAGCGCUGGUAGGGAUAUUCUGCCGUGUGGGCAUUCCCAAGGAGGUGCUGAGUGACCGAGGCACUCAGUUUACGUCUGCCAUGAUGGACGAGACGUUUAGGAUUCUUUCUGUGAAGGGCCUUAACACGACACCCUGCCAUCCCAUGGGUAACGGUCUGUGUGAGAGGUUCAACGGCACACUGAAAAAAAUGCUCAAGCGGCUGGCCGCCGAGCAACCCAAGGAAUGGCCGAGAUUUGUGGCUCCUCUCCUGUUCGCAUACAGGGAAGCACCGCAGAGUACUCUGAAGUUCUCGCCUUUCGAGCUACUCUAUGGAAGAGCAGUGCGCGGUCCACUCCAAGUGCUGAGAGAGCUAUGGGACGAGGACGUGCCAAGUCCGGAGGUACGUACGACAUACGAGUAUGUUAUAAACCUGGCUGGCAGACUUAGGGAAACCUGUCGUAUGGCCAAGGAAGAACUCCUGAAGGCCCAGGAGGUACAAAAGGCCCAUUAUGAUCGCAAUGCGCGACUACGCACACUGCAGCCUGGCCAGGAGUGCUUAGUACUCCUACCCACUGCUCAUAAUAAGUUGCUGGCGCAGUGGAAGGGGCCUUAUGAGGUCCUAGAACGCGUCUCCGACUUAAAUUAUGUAGUAUUGAUUGAUGGGAAACGGAAACGUCUUCACAUUAACAUGCUUAAGGAGUAUCAUGCGCCUACCAUCUCUGGUAGCGCUGGCGCUCAGGAACCAGCAUAUGCUGAGGAUAGGGCCACCUGUUUGAAAGCCGUGCGUGAUAUUUUUUCCCUCUCAACAGCUGCGAAGGAGGAAGGUGAGAUCAAAUGUAGUGCAGCUGUGAUUCACGAUGCAGAGGACGUAGGAGAUGGUCCUCUCACUGUACAAAAGCGUCAGACGGAGACCGUAGAUGACGUCACAUUAUCUGAAAGGCUAACACCUGAGGAACUUAGGGACGCUGUGGCUGAGGAAAUACAGGAAAUGGAGGACUUAGGCAUUAUCGAGAGAUCCGAUUCUCCGUACUGUAGUCCUAUGGUCGUCGUACGCAAGAAAGGCGGUAGUGUUAGGAUCUGCGGUGACUUCCGAAGGAUUAACGCAGUAACACAAAUAGACGCAGAGCCCAUGUUCGACCAACAGGAGAUAUUUAGCCGGCUGUCACACUCGAGGGUGUUUAGCAAACUGGACCUCACGAAAGGAUUCUUUCAGAUCCCGCUUGACCCCGAGUCAAGGAAAAUAACGGCUUUUGCCACCCCCAGCGGCCUCUAUCAAUAUCGGGUCCUUCCUUUCGGCCUUGCCAAUUCUCCCGCGGUCUUCAACCGCCGAAUAAGACAGGUACUAGGUGACCUGAAUGGGGUCGAGGUUUUCGUAGAUGACGUACUGAUUCAUUCUACGGAUUUGGAGGACCACGUAAGACUGUUACGUAUGGUCCUUGAUAAACUCAGAGACGCCAACAUGACGGUUAAGCCGAGCAAGUGUGAGUUGGCCAAGGCAGAUGUCGAAUUCCUAGGCCACAAGGUGAGUCAAGGACAGUGCCUCUGCUUGGAGGACAAGGUUCAGAAAAUAAAGGAAGCUCCUGUUCCCCACACCAAAAGACAGGUCCGAUCGUUCCUAGGGUUAGCAGGGUAUUACCGCAGGUUUGUCCCCAACUUUGCCGCGGUGGCGCUGCCGCUCUAUGAGCUUGUUAAGAAAAGAGCACCAAAUAAGGUUGAGUGGGGUCCCGACGAGGACAGAUCAUUCAAGGCACUGAAGUCCUUGCUGUGCAAGGACCCUAUCCUCCAGUUGCCUGACCCUACAAAGCCCUUUGUGCUUAGGACCGAUGCUUCCUGUGAAGGUUUGGGUGCUGUGUUACUGCAGGAGAAGGACGGCGACAUCUUCCCCGUGGCCUAUCACAGCAGGAAGCUCAAACCGGCAGAGAAGAACUACAGCACGGUAGAACGUGAACUACUCGCCGUAGUAGAUGGGAUAAAGAAAUUCUACUUCUACUUAUACGGGGAUGAGUUUGUAUUGCAGACAGACCACAUGCCCCUGGAGUCACUGCGUACCUCUAAGAAUGCAAACUCCCGAAUAAUGAGAUGGGCUCUGUAUUUGCAACAAUUUCAGAUGCGAGUUCAGUACAUCCGUGGCCGAGACAAUGUCGGGGCCGACCACCAGGUGUCCCUACUUUGUGGGGUACCUGCACAUAAUCACCCCAGUUUCGCCCCUAGCAGCAGCAUCCUUAGGGAGGACGCCUUGGGUGCCUGGAGAGGAAGAAGGGGCUCUGAGGGCAAUCCUGACCUGAAGGCCGUUCAGAACACGCUCGUGUCUCCCAGAGAGGGGUGA